AGAUUUUCAAACGAAGUUUCUACCAAUUGCAUCAGAAGGAAUUCAACAUGUGGAUUUACAAGCAGAUUGUAUACCAGUAGAUAUGCUGCAGCGGAUCAUACGUUUUUGGUAUACCGCCUCGUUUGUGGCAUGGUCAGAGUCCGACUCAAUACAAUUGUCAGCGCUUUCACUCACGGACUCCAAAGUCAGCUCCACAUCCACUUCAGUAUCGGAUGAAAGUGAUCAUAAAGUGAAUGCGCCAAUAACUCCACCGUUGGGAUCAGACGAAGCGGCGGCUAUACGAGCUUCAGUGAUGGAAUUGGAAUCGACUAUUGGAAUCAAAUUGUUACCGAUCAUUGAGGAAGGUGUUACCGGUGAUCACCAACAAUGGUUGAAUGAUAUCAGUCGUAUGCGGAAGGAUCAAAUUUGUGUUGACGUGGUGGUUGCUGUCGACGCUCCCACCAAUAUACCAUCCAAAGCAAACGUCCCCGCUAUCGCCGUGUCUAGUGCAGACAACACAUCAUACUCCGUGCAUCGAUUCAUGUUAGCGGCUCAAUCUCCCUACUUUAAUGCAUUAUUCAACUCUCAAUUCAAGGAAGCAUCAAGUCCUACCAUUCAUGUUCCACCUGAGCUCUUCACUUCUGCGUCACUCGGCUGUAUAUUACAAUAUUACUAUAGUAGCAGCCUCGACAUCCCCACCGCUCCUAUUCGAAAAACCGCUUCGACUGCGGCAGGACGUUUAACACAAAAGAAAUUUGGUCUCCGGUUGAUGCAAAAGGUGUUUCGCGGGGCCGAUUACCUUGGUCAAACCAAUACUACGUGUGCUUUGGCCAUGCAUGAGAUAGCUCAAAUCUGCGAUCAGUUCAAAUGCACAUGUGCCGACUGUCAAUUGCUGUUACCUUCAGUAUUAUCCUUUUCUGAUAAGGUGGUUGCUUCUGUGCCAAAGCUCAGACCCACCAUCCUUCGCCUCUAUACAGAUCCUAUCCAAGGUAUUGCAAAGUUAUGGCCACAAAAGCCAUUUGCUCUAUUGGUGAAUUCAUUGGGUAUUGUAUCAGAGGACACUGGAAGCAACUCUUUUUUGGUGCGAACAGAAGUAUCUCCUUCGGCUCUUGUAAGCGACAUCAAUACGCAGACAUUGCAAAGAAUCACCAAACACAAUGCCAUCCAGUCUUUCCACGCCAUGCAUUUAUGCUUGUCUCAAUUGCGUGCAUCCGAUCCUUUCCCCACCUGGUCCAUCGCUACCCUUAGUCUUUUAAACCCAAUCAUCCAUCAAACCGCCCUCUUAGUGGCCAUGAACUUUGAUUACUUCUGCGUCGAAUACCCUAUUUUAUUAUCGUGCGUGGAUGGCAUCGGAUUUGGAUUUUCUUGCGACUUUUUGGAGUUUCUGUUGAACAGAGUGUUGGAUGAGGGUAUGCAGGAUGCCAAUGCUGGCGUUCUGUACCAAGGCAUUGUACGAGACCUAAUUGGUCGUCAAGAGGUAGUGAAGAACAUCGCUGUUGGUGAGGUGCUUGAUGCUAGCCGUGCCAAGAUUGUUGCUUAUCUCAAGAGAAGAUGGGUUGGAGUUAAGGCACAGAAUGGAUUCAAGGAUCUAGACAAGGAGGUGUUACGGACCAUGGCUGAAGGUAGGUCUUUUUGACAAGGAGUGGGCAGGAUCAUUUGUGUGCACCGUGAAUGCAGCAUUGGGGCAGAACCAAUAUUUUUACUAAAUGACGAAUUCCAUU